UGCAUAUAUAGCCGCCACACCUUGCAGUUCUUUCAUUCAUAACUCUCUGCCUCUAUACAAAUCUCAUUUCUUGCUUUCUUCAACCCAUCCCAUCUUCUUUGCAUUCACAUUCUUCAACGUCUCUCUCACUCAUAUUUUGAUUUACACAAGCCUCUGCAAAAGGCAGGGACGGGAUGAAGUAUGUAUUGGUGACUGGGGGCGUUGUUAGUGGACUCGGAAAAGGAGUGACUGCGAGCAGUAUUGGUCUUCUUCUUCAGGCUUGCGGCCUUCGUGUCACUUCAAUCAAAAUUGAUCCAUAUUUGAAUAAAGAUGCAGGAACAAUGUCUCCUUUCGAGCAUGGGGAAGUUUUUGUAUUGGAUGAUGGGGGAGAAGUGGAUUUGGACCUUGGAAAUUAUGAGCGGUUUCUAGAUGUUAAGUUGACUCGUGAUAACAAUAUCACAACUGGGAAGAUUUACCAGUCGGUGAUUGACAAGGAGAGGAAGGGAGAUUAUCUGGGAAAAACCGUUCAGGUUGUUCCCCACAUCACGGAUGCCAUUCAAGACUGGAUUGAACGGGUAGCAGCAAUACCAGUAGAUGGAAAAGAAGGUCCACCUGAUGUUUGUGUCAUCGAAUUGGGUGGUACAAUAGGGGAUAUUGAAUCUAUGCCAUUUAUUGAGGCUCUUGGACAAUUCUCGUACCGUUUUGGUGCUGGAAACUUUUGCUUAAUACAUGUCAGCCUUGUACCUGUUCUAAAUGUUGUUGGUGAACAAAAAACGAAACCAACCCAACACAGUGUUCGCGGAUUAAGAAGCUUGGGAUUGACGCCUAAUAUAUUAGCUUGCCGCAGCACAACAGAACUGGAUGUGAACGUGAAGGAGAAACUCUCAAGAUUUUGCCAUGUUCCGGAAGAGAACAUAGUCACUCUCUAUGAUGUCUCAAAUAUAUGGCAUAUACCUCUACUCUUACGUGACCAGAAGGCUCAUGAAGCAAUACUGAAGGUGUUGGACCUUCCAUGUAUCCCAAGUAAACCUGUGCUGGGAGAAUGGACAGCCAGGGCUCAACUUUGUGACAUGCUGAAUGAGCCGGUCAGAGUUGCCAUGGUUGGGAAGUACACAGGGCUUUCAGAUUCUUACCUAUCUGUACUCAAGGCUUUGUUGCAUGCUUCUGUUGCUUGUCGCAGGAAAUUAGUCAUCAAUUGGGUGUCUGCCAGUGAUCUUGAAGAUGCAACUGCCAUAAAAAGUCCUGAUGUUAACCAAGCUGCUUGGGAUUCCUUGAAGUCUGCAGAUGCUGUUCUUGUUCCGGGUGGUUUUGGUGAUAGAGGUGUGGAAGGGAAAAUAAUUGCGGCUAAAUAUGCCCGUGAGAACAAUAUCCCCUACCUUGGCAUUUGUUUAGGAAUGCAAACUGCUGUCAUUGAGUAUGCCAGAUCUGUUCUUGGUCUUCAAAAUGCAAAUAGCACGGAAUUCGAUCCAAAUACUAAAAACCCGUGUGUUAUAUUUAUGCCUGAGGGUUCAAAAACUCAUAUGGGUGGUACAAUGCGGCUUGGAUCCAGGAGAACAUAUUUCCAAGUAGCAGACUGUAAAGCUGCUCAACUGUAUGGUAAUCAGAGGUUCAUUGAUGAGAGACAUCGGCAUCGAUAUGAGGUGAAUCCCGAAAUGGUAUUACAGCUAGAAAAAGCUGGUCUGAGUUUUACAGGCAAAGAUGAAAGCGGUAGGAGGAUGCAGAUUAUUGAACUUGGUAAUCAUCCGUAUUUCGUGGGGGUUCAGUUUCAUCCUGAGUUUAAGUCUAGGCCAGGAAAACCUUCUGUGCUUUUCUUAGGACUUAUAGCAGCAGCUAGCGGACAGUUGGAUGCACUGCUAAAGAAAAGCGUUGGCACAAAGACCAAAGGAUUUGUGAAUGGUAUAUCAACAGCCGCAGCAGCAGCAGCAGCAUCGCCACAUAGGUAUGGUAACGGCAAUUUGAAUGGCAUCCAUAGCAAUGGGAAUGGCAAUGGUUUGCAUGUUUGAGGUGUGGUUUUGGGUUUUGUAUAGGCUGGUGGGUGGGGUGGGGAUGGAGCUGGAUCCGGUCUUUUUUUUAAAAGGAACAGCAGCGUUUUCGAUUAGGGAACGAUGAAUAGUAAGUUGGAAUUAGUAACACCCCUAAAACUGAAGGGCAUGUUGGUUGUUAUGAUUUCGCAUAAACAUAAUGGAUGAUGAACCAUUCUACUUGUGCUGCAUCUUUCAUGUUGGUGUAAUAUUUUACUUUCUAUCUUUCCAU